AUGUCAUUUAAAAUUGAUUUCGAAUUCACGAUUGAUUUGAUCGGACACUUUAGUAUCGAUGGUAAUUCAGAAUAUCGUGACGAUUUAUCACAAUUGAAAUAUUAUAUUUCUCCUUCAAAUCCUAAUAAUGUCAAUUUCGAUCUUAAUAAAAAUUAUGAAUCUAUCCAACACAAAUCUACUUUACACAUUAAAUUGGAUUAUAUAUUAAAAUGGAUCUCCCAUAAUUUUCAUCAACUCGAAAAACCAUUAUCAGUACAGGAAGAACGUUGGUUGGAUUUUGAUUUUAUUUGUUCUCGUGGAUUAAUAAAGACAAUACUAUCCACCCCAUAUAUUAACAAUGAACGGAAUGAAUGGAUUAUAUGCGCAAGUAAAUAUCGCGGUACAAUAUAUUUAUGCAAGUUUUAUACAGACGAAGAAGAACAAAUCCACCUCAUUGCAUUAGAUUACGAAAAACGAGCGACUUCAUGGGGAUUUAAAUUUGAGCAAUAUAUGCUUGCAGAUCAUCCAUUACACGUUCCAAAUCCAGACCUUUCGCUUAACGAGUGCGAAGAAUUCUAUUGUAUGUAUAAAGCAAAAUUUGACACGUAUUCGUUAUUAUAUGGGGCUGAAAUAGAUGGAAUUUCUUCGCAACAGCCUAUAGAAGAUACACUUGUUAACAAAAGAUUUGAACUAAUUGAGUUGAAAACAUAUCCAAUGUAUAAUACAAAUAUGUAUCGUAAAAUUUCCUGUGAAAGAGUAUCAAUGUGGUGGAGUCAAAAUUAUUUGGUGAAGACAAAUAAAAUUAUAUUUGGAUUAAAAGACAAAAAAAAAGUAAGAAAGAUAAUUGAGUAUUCUCUACAUGAUUUGCCAUAUCUUUCAAAGGAAAAUUAUAGUAUAAAAGCAUGCAAACAAUUCUGCAAGAUAUUUUUAGAUAAUGUCAAAAGAAUUGUUACUAAAGAUCAUAAUGAAUGUAUGUACAAGUUUCAAUGGAAGCUAACAGCUAAAGAUGUUGUGAAUUAUACUGAAGAAUUUCCUGAUAAUGGAAGAUUUUUCUUCUUGAAGCCAUGGUUUAUUGCUAAAGCAGAAGAUUACAGAAAAUCAAAGCAUCCUCAGCAAAUAACAAAAUCUAAUAAGUAAUUUUCAUAUUAAAAAUAUA